AUGACCUUGCUGGAAUCAAUCGGCGCUGCCGAGACUUCAGUACUGGCGGAAAGAAGCACAGAAAAGAAAGACCUUUCCAGCAGAAGCACCAAAGAAACGAAUAUUGACCUAAUCGUCGAGCUGUCGAUCACGAUCGGAUACGCCAUUGUGACGGGUCUGCUUGCCCGUUGGCUGAUAGAUCGGUACUUGACACCGCAACAACUGACAGAUACCGACCAACCGUCUUCAAAGGAAGUAUACAAAGGGUUGCAACGGAUCCUCCAAAAACGGAAUCGCGGCAACACUCAAUUGCCGCAGCUCAAUUCGUACGAGCUGCAAAUAGCGAACGAGAUUCUCGAUCCAGACGAUAUAGAAACCAAUUUUGCCGAAAUUGGAGGUUUGGAUUCCACCAAGACAGAAAUCUACGAAUUGGCGGUGCUGCCGUUGGUCCAUCCGGAACUAUUUACCGGGAAACUCGUACAGCCUUGCAAAGGCAUUCUCCUCUACGGACGACCGGGAACUGGUAAGACUAUGCUCGCCAAGGCGUUGGCCAAAGAAUCCGAAGCCGUAUUCAUUCCUCUGCAGCUGUCAAAACUCUUGAACAAAUGGGUAGGGGAAUCGAACAAACUCAUUGCCGGUGCCUUUUCACUGGCCCACAAAUUACAGCCUGCCAUCUUGUUCAUCGACGAGAUCGAUACGUUUCUGAAAGCCAAUGCUGGUGAAGGUGCACAGUAUCUCGAUACAAUUAAAUCCGAGUUUCUGAUACUAUGGGACGGUGUUGCUACCUCCACCAAUUCGAGAGUCAUGGUGCUGGGGGCGACAAACAAGCCGCAGACGAUUGAUCCAGCCAUUCAACGGCGCAUGCCGCGUACUUUCCACGUCCCACUACCGAAUGUCGCAGGGCGUCAGGCUAUUUUAAAUAUAUUUCUACAGGAAGAGAAAUUGUCAAUGGACGCACGAGCAUGUCUUCCGGAAUUGGCUAAGGCAACGGUGAACUAUUCGGGAAGCGACUUAAAAGAGUUGUGCAAGGCUGCAGCCAUGGUUGGGAUACAGGAGCGCACCGCCGAAUAUGCUCGGAAGCGUGUCAUGGGCGAAAGUGUAGCUCUGGAUCAGACAAUAGGAAAUGCUCCCAUGCGACCUAUAUCGAAAGAUGACUUGUUGUCUGCUUUUUCCAAAGUCCAACGAACGGGGGCAGCAGCACAAGCAUACGGCCGUCAAACGGCACGGGAGGAUGCUGCCGAGCAAGAGUCAGAAAGUCCAGCAGUUGAUGCGGAGGCGUUGCGCAACUUAACUCGAUUUUUGCAUUCAAUGUCGAAUCUUUCCGUCGGCCAGAGCCGUGGGGACGGUACAGAUAUCCCCGACCUAAAUUAG